CACUCGCUGCCUUAUCUAAACAUCCCAGGGCUAAGUUGAGUCGGUUCAACCAUAGGUUAACAAUCCUUUUUGCUUACUUAAUAACCCACAGCACAUACCUCUCCAACUAAGUUGGAAUGGUGUUUAUUAUGUUUUAAUUACUCCUUGUGCAUGCUACAUAAUCCCUUCCUUAUGAAUUAACAUUAUUAAUGAGAUAUAAUAAUACAGGGUAGAGUUCAAUUAAUUAUAGUUUUAUCUAAAUGUAGACAUUGUUUAGUCAUUAUUCAUAAAAUUCCUAACAGUUAUAAACCCAAUAAUGUAGUUUAAAAAUCACCAACCCCCUAACCUAUAGCCUACGAUAACGAAAUAAUCAAUGGUUAAAAAUCACCAUAGUCUAGGACAAGUCUUUGAAAAUACACCCCUUUUACACCACUCACUGUAGACAUUGAUGACCAUGGAGGUUCGCCCUCUACUGGCUGGAAGUCAGUUUUUCUUUACACAUUGCCUUGUGUGUACGUCUGCUUUCAGCCUUCCAUCUAUAUGCGACUCUUAGAAGAGCCUGCAGCCGUGGGGCAACCCACUCCCCUUCACAUUCCAACAUGGUCCUGGAGUCCUCCACAGGAUGAUCAAACACAGGCCUCUCCACGCACAGAGUUUGUGCAGCAGAGAGUGUGGAUUCCAUGCACCGAAAUCCCAGACUAUGUAGAUUACCCAGAACACCCCUCUCCUGACCCCACAGGGAUGAGACAGCGCCUAGAGAAGCUGGGGGACAAGAUGAACCAGAAAAAAGUGCAAAAUGUAACGACUAGGGAGUUUAACAGAAGGAGUAUAAAGGAGAGGGCUGUGCUCCUGCUUUCUAUGUUCCCUGGGUCUGAGACUCCUCAAGUGAAAGAGUAUAAGGUGAAAGUGUUGUGCCGCCCCUCGCCUGCCUGCUUGUCUAACCCCAUCUAAGGAAAUGAGGCACAGUAAAGUUUGUGUCUGUUCUGUUUGACUGCCUCACUCUGUUUGGAAUAAUAAAAUGUCACCAGUCUAACCUACUCACAUUUAAAUCAAAUCAAAUGUUAA